UAUCAGUGUCAGUAAAAGAGCCCAUGACUUUAUUUUAGUAACUGCUUCAGCUUUUCCCCCUUUCCUCCCUCUCCAUCUCGGCCCAUGAAAUGGUACGCUCUCCCUUUAAGACUAAAAUGGUGGCUUGCUACGAUUGGGACUCCACUUCCGGUGGGGAGGGGGCGGGACCCCAGCCCGCUCACGCCGGAAGUGGUUUGCGUUUUCAAGAUGGCGACUCCCUAUGUAACUGACGAGACCGGCGGCAAGUACAUCGCUUCAACACAGAGACCUGACGGGACCUGGCGCAAGCAGCGGAGGGUGAAAGAAGGCUAUGUGCCACAGGAAGAGGUCCCAGUGUAUGAAAACAAGUAUGUGAAGUUUUUCAAGAGUAAACCAGAACUACCCCCAGGGCUGAGCCCUGAGGCUACUGCUCCUGUCACCCCAUCCAAGCCUGAAGGUGGUGAACCAGGCCUUUCUAAGACAGCCAAACGCAACCUGAAGCGGAAGGAGAAGAGGCGGCAGCAGCAAGAGAAAGGAGAGGCAGAGGCCUUGAGCCGGACUCUUGAGAAGGUGUCCCUGGGAGAGACAGCUCAGUUCCCCAGUGCUCCACAGGGCUCCCGGGCAGCCCCCACAGCUGCCUCUGACCAGCCUGACUCAGCUGCCACCAGCGAGAAAGCCAAGAAGAUAAAGAACCUAAAGAAGAAGCUUCGGCAAGUAGAAGAGCUGCAGCAACGGAUCCAGGCUGGGGAAGUCAGCCAGCCCAGCAAAGAGCAGCUGGAGAAGCUAGCGAGGAGGAGGGCGCUGGAAGAGGAGCUAGAGGACUUGGAGCUAGGCCUUUGAGGCCUUUGGGAAAUAGGGAAUGAACUGCAGAACAAACCAUGGGGGUUCUCUGGAGUUGGGGGUAAUGUGGGCACUGGCAGCCAGGAGGGGUAGCCUCCAUACUGGCUCACUUCCAGCUCUUGCAGCCCAACUCUGCCCUCCGGAGCCUCACCUCUCCCUCCUUCCUUCCCUUUUCUCCCUAACUUCUACUUUUUGGACUUUCCCUCUUCCGUUCCCAGUGUUCACAAUCUCAGUGACUACCCCAGGUACCUUUGGUGCUGAUUGGGGUGUCUUGUUUAAAAGAAAAUCGGGUGGGUGGGAAUCUCUUGGAGAACUGAGGUUGAGGGUAAGGGAGUAUGCCCAAGUCUGGGAGUCUUGGUUCCUGUCUACAGUGUUUAUGGGGUUAUUUCCCUCUCCGUCCCUCGCCUUUUUUUUUUUUUUUUUUUUUAAAGAGCGAGAAUAAAUUCAAGUAGACA